AAGUAGAUUAGGUAUUACGUUGAUUCCAUCAAAAUCAAAAGCGUCUGAAUCGGAUUUUCCCUUCAUUUUCCGCUUCCUUUCCCUUUAAUUCUUUUCUUUAACCCUUCACACACUCUCUCUCUUUCUCUCUCUUCAGUUUUAGGGUUCUUCAACCAGAGUCUUCUCCAUCACAUUGUGGAGCUAACCAUGGAAAACUUCACCUUGUCUUCGUCUUCUUCUUCAUCUUCAACUUCUCCUCCUUCAUCAUCGCACAUUGCAGGUGCAGCUUUCGACGACUAUUCCGAGGACUUCUGCAGCAUUUGUUUGGAGCCAUUUGGCAUCAAUGACCCAUCUACUAUCACCUCUUGCAAACACGAAUAUCAUCUGCACUGUAUUCUUGAAUGGUCAGAGAGAAGCAGAGAAUGUCCAAUAUGUUUGCAGCUGCUUUCUUUCAUUGAUCCUUCUAGCCAAGAGCUUCUAGCUGCAGUGGAGGCUGAAAAAUGUUCAAGGUCAAGAAACAUAUAUCCAUCUUCAUUAACUAGUUCCCAUAUUCCCCAUGAUCAGCUCAAUUAUGACUAUGGCGAUUCUUACUCAGAUGAGUCUGAUAUUGAUGAUCAAAUUAUGCAACACCUAGUUGCUGCUUCCAGCAGAUCUCGUUUUCUCCAUAGACGGGAAAGGCAAAGAUCUUCUAGUGCAGGUCCAUCAGAGGUGUUUGUUUCCAAUCCUCCUGUGCAUGUGUCUGCUGUGCGACCAACACUCACCAUUUCACCCACCGGCAGUAGUUCACCAACUUCUGGUGUACCGUCUACUGUUCACAUUCAACCUCCAACAUCUGCUUUUCCCCCAGUUGUUGGUGAAGUUGCAGGAAUUACUAUGGCUGAGAAUGAUGUUCCUUUCAAACCCAGAGUUCUGUAUACCCAGUCACCAUCCGAGAGUGGAAGGAGACUAAAUACCCCUGAGAUGUUCUCUAUCCCUGAGUCCUUCAGAUCCAAAUUUUCUGCUGCUUCAGCCAGGUAUAAGGAAUCAAUAACCAAAAGUACGCGUGGCCUUAAAGAGAAGUUAAUUGCUCAUAAUGCCUCAGUAAAAGAGCUGAGUAAAGGUGUUCAACGUGAGAUGAAUGCAGGAAUUGCUGGUGUUGCACGGAUGAUUGAACGCCUUGAUCUUUCCUCAAAGCGAUCUAAUUUUCCUCCCACUCCUGUUGGCACUGGGGGAAGUUCGGGAUCCCCUGUAAAAGGAAAGUCAGUCGAUGAGAAUGACAUUGACAUGGGGCGUUCUCCUAGCAUAUACACUGAAAAUGUGGUUCAGAAUGUUAGGUCAGAUGCUCCUUCAGUACCUGGCAUGGUUGUUGGUCGAGUGGUUGCUGGUCGGGUGGAAAUUCAUCAUUGUGUUCAGAGUGGAAAAGAUGCUGCUGUGAGGACAUAGCAACCUGAUUCACUUGUCCAAUGGAGAAGUGCAAGAGACGUGUUUGAUGCCAAUGUACCUUUUGGUCUGCGUCCUGCAUUAUCAAAAAUUAAUGUUCUAGUGACUCAAAAGAAACUUUGCAAAAAUUGUAUGUUAUGUAAGAUCAGUUUAUAGAUCCAGCGGAAGAUUGUAACAUGAAUUCAUUGAAUUGACCCUUUUGGUACUUGGGUUUAUUUCAGUGAAAUAAUUUGGCGGUUCUCUAAUCUGCAGAUUAUUCCUA